UCUCUGUUGCUUAGCAGCCAGAAUUCAAAUGUAAGCAAAGCCAGAGCUCAGAAGCAACAGCAGAGAGGAGCUGGGAGACUCAGGAAGCAGAGACUGUGUGUACACAGCUGUAGGAGCAGUUAUGGAGUACGAUGCCCAAAAAAAAGGGAGCCGAUGCCAAAAAGUUGACUCUCAAGGCCGCCAAGAAAGCGAUACAUAUAACCCAGGACGGAAGGCGUAGGCUCACACUCAGCAAUAUGGGCUUAACCAUCUUCCCGAAGUGUCUCUUCAAGCUGAGCAACGUGGAUGAGUUGGAUCUCAGUCGCAACCUGAUCCAGAAGCUUCCUGAUAACAUCGGAAGCUUCACGUCGCUCAGAUGGCUGGACCUGCAUAGCAACAAGCUAGAGUCUGUGCCUGAGUCCAUCGGGAACCUGGUGGGACUCACCCACCUCAACUUGGCAAACAACUGCCUAACCACUACUGGUUUACCAUCCUCAUUGGGUUUCCUCUGCAACCUAAAAAGUCUCAACCUUGGACUGAACCAGCUAAACGCACUGCCUCCCACCUUGGAACGGUUAGACCACCUCCAAGAGUUAGGCCUGUCUGAUAACCUUUUUGCCAAAUUACCUGAGUUUGUGCAAACUCUACGAAACCUCACUAAGCUGAAUGUUACAAGAAAUCCUUUUACUUAUGUUCAGGCCAAAGAUGAGCGGAUGAAAAAGGAAAAGUCAGAGCAGAAAGACGAGGUGUACCUGGUGCAUGAGAGCAGGUUGUGUAAGCAAUGCCUCAAAACAUGUAAAGCAGAGACAGAAAGGGUUUUAAGAGGAGGAAGAAGAAGAGGAAAAAGAUGUGAAAGGGUUGAUAUGUUAGGAGAGAAAAAGAAAACAUUUCUAGGUUUGAUGACUCCAAAUUCAGUGGCAGCAGUCACUCAGGAUGUGUGGAGAAUAAAAGCGAAGAAGCAAACGGCGAACUGACCAACCCUCUGCUGAUUUCAGCUUUUCAUUGAAUAAAAAUGCUGGAAGGUAGCCAAGUUUUAAAGCAAUCCUAAAAUGUUUAAAUGGUUAAAUGAUCUUCUAUUUUACACAAAAACUCUUAAUUUUUUCGUAUGAAUAAAACUAAGUUUAUAUACCAA